UUGAAUUGUCUAGAACGCUUUACGACACUGUUGACAGUUUUGGCGUUAAUUGGCGAGUUUCUCCAGUAGACGCUCGUUACGCUGACAUCUUAAGUUAUGGUGUAGGUUUCCACCAAAGCGGCCGUUAAAUGAGCGUUUUUGAUUUAUUCCGCGGGUUCUUCGGAGUUCCCGGAGGCCAUUAUCAUGGCCGAAGGGACCCUUUCUUCGAUGCCAUGACUCAUGAUGAUGACGACGACGACGAUGAAGAUGAUAAUGGAUUCCACUAUGAUGGGUUCAGGGGGGAGGAGCAGGACCCCUUUGACAGCGCCUGGAGAUUUGGUUUUAGUUUUGGUCCAGACGGGAUGCGGAUUCGGGAGCCUUCCAUGUUUGGCGACGUUUUCAGGGAGAUGGAGGAGAUAUUCUCCCAGCUGGGCCGUUGGGAGGGGCAUCCAGAGUCUGGACGCUUUGAUGUUCCCCACACUGUGCCACCACCACCACCGCCUCAGGACAGAGCAGAGAGAGGGCGAGGAAGAUCCAGCAGAAACCCUCUGAGAGACUUUAUGCUCAAAUAUCCCGACAGUGACACACGAGAGCUACCCAGAGAGCCUCAAGGUGAUCACCGUCCCUCUUAUGAGUCACCUGAAUUUCAUGGCUGGACCCCUUUUUCCAGGUUUAAUGACAUUUGGAGACAAGGGCCACGCAAGCCUCCAGAGGAGGAGCACAAAGGAGACAGAGAUCUGGAUUCAGCUGUGUCCUCUAGCGGUCUGGAUCAGAUUCUGACGCCACCUGCUGGUCAGGCACCAAAUCAGCCUAGAACUCGAUCUUUUUUUCAGUCUGUCACUGUCACUAAGGUGGUGAAACCUGAUGGGAGUGUAGAGGAGAGGCGUACAGUAAGAGAUGGCCAAGGCAAUGAGGAGACCACAGUGACUCGCUCGGGAGGUUCUGGGAUCUCUGAGGGACCAGACCAUCCAAGUGGACCUAUGCUGCCAGGUGAUCAUCACCGUUUCUCUGACUUGCGGGAUGAUGGCUCGUUAUUCUCCAGGUUCUUAGGAGGCUUUAAAUAAAAUGUGAAGGAGCUGGUAGCUUUUGUUCCCUGGAAACAAGUGUUUUUCUAGAGAUGUGAGCUGGCAUAUUUAUAUUACAUACCUGUUUUUGGACAGAUAAUUUCAUGGUCUUCCUUUGCCAAAGUGCAUGUGUUGGAUAAAUUCUUACUGGCUUGUUUAAGAUGAAUCUGAGAUUUCAAACUGAUCACUCAGGAUGGACGCUGCACAUCCUGAAGGCUAGGGAUGGUCACACUGAGACAGAGGAGACACAUUGAUGUUUCCAUAUUUUAUUUUUAUAUUGUCCUGUAGCCAAGCCUGUGUGGAUGUGAAUGAGUGAAGAAUCAAAUAAAGACUCCUAAUAUAUGUAAA